AUGCGCAGGGGUCCAGGGUGGGGGUACAAUUGCUGGUUUGGCAUUGGGCUCUUGGCUGAGUUCGUUGAAGGCAAAAAGUCCAUGCCUUUUCUGUCUGUGAUGACCCUGAUUACUUCUACGACUAUGUUCAAGGCCUACGUGAUGGACUUGAGGCAGGCGUUGAUUCACGCCAAAGGUCUGGGCUACGGAAUAAACACGUCUGAGGAGCUUAAGUUUGUCACGGAGAUUGCUGCGACCACUGGGAUUGUUCUGGAUCCAGUUUACAGUGGCAAAGCUACUUAUGGAAUGCUGAAAGACAUGGCUGAGAAUACGAAGAUGUGGGAAGGAAGAAAGAUCCUCUUCAUACACAUAGGUGGGUUACUUGGGUUGUUUGACAAGGCAGAGCAGAUGGCUCCAUCGUUGGGAAAUUGGCGUCGGAUGGAUGUCCAAGAAUACGUUCCCCGGAGCGAUGGUAUCGGGAAAAUGUUCUAG